AUGGCUGUAUCGGCACUCAAUAUGACACCUUAUUAUGCUGGAUAUCCCUUUCAAGGACAGGGACGCGUCAAUCAGCUCGGUGGCGUCUUCAUCAAUGGUCGCCCGCUACCCAAUCACAUUCGCCGCCAAAUUGUGGAGAUGGCCGCCGCAGGAGUUCGUCCUUGCGUCAUUUCGCGGCAGCUGAGGGUUUCACAUGGCUGUGUGUCAAAGAUACUGAAUCGCUUCCAGGAGACGGGCUCGAUACGACCUGGUGUAAUUGGUGGCAGCAAGCCCCGUGUGGCCACACCAGAUAUUGAGGCACGCAUCGAGGAGUUGAAGCAAUCGCAGCCGGGCAUCUUUAGCUGGGAGAUCCGAGCCAAGCUGAUCGAGGCGGGCAUCUGCGAUAAACAGAAUGCUCCAUCGGUCAGCUCCAUUUCGCGUUUGUUGCGCACCACUUCGGGCUCUGGCUGCGGAUCGGGUUCGGGCUCGCACAGCAUCGAUGGCAUCUUGGGCGGCGGCAGUGGCUCCUGUUCCGCGGGCAGCGAGGAGGAGAGCGAAGAUGACACAGAGCCCAGUGUGCAGCUGAAGCGGAAACAGCGUCGCUCGAGGACAACCUUCUCCAACGAUCAGAUCGAUGCAUUGGAACGCAUCUUUGCACGCACCCAAUACCCAGAUGUCUACACACGAGAGGAGCUCGCCCAGAGCACGGGUCUGACAGAGGCACGUGUCCAGGUUUGGUUCUCCAAUCGUCGUGCUCGUCUCCGCAAACAGCUCAACACGCAGCAGAUGCCGGGCAGCUUCCCCACCAGUAACAGCAGCAGCAGCAGCUCCUCCUCAGCUGCCGCCUAUGGAUCCACCAACAUGGGCAUGAGUCUCUAUGCCGGCCAAUCAUGGCCAGCCACGGCGCACUAUGAAACACAGGCUGGUUAUGGUGGCUCGCUGGCCUCCAUGUCACCGGCCAGUAGCAGCAGCGGCAGCUCCUCUGCCGCCCACAGUCCCACAGUGGAUAACCAGACCCUCUCACACUCCCACUCCCAAUCCCAGUUGCAGACUCAUCAGCAACAGCAGGCACAAAUCUCGAGCAGCAAUUUUAUGAGCAGUGCUUAUUCCGCAUCCUCUGCUGCUGCUGCUGCAGCUGCCUAUUCCAUGCCGUCGCCAACAGUUGCCGCUAGUUCGGCGGAGCAGCUGCGUUCCCAGUUUGCCACGGCUGCGGCAUCCGGUUCGCAUCAUCAUCAUCAUCCUUCGUCCUGGGAUAGCUAUAAUUUUGCCGGUUCCUUCUUCCCUAGCAACAAUCACAUGGGCGGCUAUCAUCAGGCCGAGCCGAGCAAGAAUUCCAUGGUGCCCAAUCCUGCUGCUGCCUAUCCCUAUUUUGGUUUUUAAGUCUAUUAUCCAACUCCGAUCUUCUCCAGCACCUGCUCCAGUUGUAAGUUCUAAGUUCUUUCGUUUGUAGCUGGUUCUAUUCUCCUAUUCUCUUUUAUCUGCAGUGCCUGCUAUAUUUUUUGAUCAUCAAUUAAUUCAAAAGAG